CUUAUUGUGGCAGUGUUGUGUUUGUGUCCCUGUGGUGUGUGUGUGUGUGUGUGUGUGUGGGGAGAGAGAGAGAGAGAGAGAGAGAGAGAGAGGAGGCGCUCUGCUAGCUGACAGCUGUGCGCGGCGGCAGAGCUAACCUGCUAGCUACCUAUCCCCGAACAAAGGAGACAGUAGCCCUGCCGCCGAGCUGUAAGAUGUCAGAAGGAAUCACUGAAGGUUGUUCACUGGAUGGUGUCUCAUUUCCACUUUCUACCCUGUCUUGGUCUCUUUUGCUCUUCGUGAGUGUGCUGUCUACUACACAGGCAUCAAGUUGUGUGAGGCCGUUCUCCAUCCAACAUGGCCGAGUAAAUGUGACUGAGACAAACAGAGGCUCGUUCCCUGUGGGCACUGUGCUGCAGUACAGCUGUGAUUCAGGCUACACUGUGGACGGACCCAGCAUCAUCGUCUGUACCAGAGAGGGCCUCUGGUCCUCGGGCCCACCACGCUGCCUCCACAAUAACUACUGUGCCCCCCCAUUAGAGCCAGAGAACGGGGGUUACACCUGCCACCCGUCUCCAUGUCAUCGUUUGACUCACGGCACAGUGGUGGAGUAUUUCUGUGACGAGGGCUACACACUGAAAGGAGAUUACAAAUACCUCACCUGCCAGAAGGGAGAAUGGAACGGUCCUACAGAGAUCAGCUGUGUGCUCACUCAAGGUUGUGUGAGGCCGUUCUCCAUCCAGCAUGGCCGAGUAAAUGUGACUGAGACAAACAGAGGCUCGUUCCCUGUGGGCACUGUGCUGCAGUACAGCUGUGAUUCAGGCUACACUGUGGACGGACCCAGCAUCGUCGUCUGUACCAGAGAGGGCCUCUGGUCCUCAGGCCCACCACGCUGCCUCCACAAUAACUUGUGCAGUCCUCCAUUUGUGCCAAAGAACGGGGGUUACAACUGCCAUCCUUCACCUUGUCAUCGUCUCACCGAUGGCAUGGUGGUGGAGUAUUUCUGUGAGGAGGGCUACACGCUGAAGGGAGAUUACAAAUAUAUUACCUGCCAGAACGGAGAAUGGAACAGUCGCAUGCAGAUCAGCUGUGUGUUCAAUCAAGAAAAACAUGCAGCUCCUGUGCUGGGAAUGAACACACUGUCCAUUGUGGCCACCACAGCCAGUUCUGUGGCACUUGUCCUUCUCCUAAUGGUGGUGCUCGUUUUACUGCAGCCCAGACUGAAGGCUUUUCAUCAUGGACGGCGUGAGCAGGGAGACUCUGGGCAGCCGGUGACCAUCAUGGUGGAGGGUGUGCAGGUUACCUUGCCAUCCUAUGAGGAGGCAGUGUCUGGAGCUGGAGGUGCAGUUUUGCCUCAGCUUCUACCCCAAACACAACUAGAGUCUAUGGAGCAUGUGUUAACCCAGACCUCAACAACACACGCUCAGCACACAGAGAUCUCAGUGGUGCAUCAGCCAUCUUCCUCAUCUUCCUUCUCAUCCUCCUGGAGUUUAGAUGGUGCACAGGGAGCAACAGCAGCAUCCUCAGCAUUUCAGUGUCAGAAUCCAGACUCCAGUCCGCAAAACAGUUUACUGUCUCUACACGGCUCAGAACAGAACCUCGCUGAUGACAUUCCCUUAUUAAAGGAAUCCUGAGACUUUCUGUCACAGCCUCUGUUGUUGAGGCCACAAAGACUGCAGCCACACACGCCUGACUGCUAUGAUCUGACUUUCAGCUGAAUCUCUGCAACACGUAACCCAUCUCAGGUGAUACUGAACUAGACCGACCUGAUGCCCAGCGUGAGCCACCAGUUCUGUCCAGUCAAGAACUUACAAAUUAUUUUCACAUGUAUUAUACACACACACACACACACACACACACUCACACUCAGAUACGUCACAGCUUUUGAUUCCUCUGUUUCCUUGGACAUGUAGCAAAGACACGACACUGUACAGAGAGUACAAGUUUUAUGAAAGGCCUUUAAAGGAUUUAAAUCUUAUUUUGGUAGUAAACACAUUGUUCUGAAAUAGACAACAUUCCCCCCCCCCACACACA